CGCCGGCCGGAGCAGCCUGGACUCCGCGCUGCGCGCACCGAGCCUGGGCCAGGCAGGGCGCUGCCCUGCCCUGCGCUGGGCACCGGCGCCCCGGCCAUGCCUUUCUACCGGCGCACGGUGCUGCCCCGCAGUCUCUGCCCCAGCCGCGCCGCGCUGCAGCUGGUCGAGCUGCGGGACGUCUGCAGCCUGGCCUCGCUCACCCUGCUCCGCCAGCUCGCCGACUUGUGCGGCCACUCGCUGGCGCUGCUCGGCGAGAUCGAGGGGCACCUGCUGGCGCUGGGGCGCCGGGCCGGCCGCCUGCGCCACCGCAUGAGCCGCCUGCAGGGGCUGCUGCACGGGCGCCCUCACCCCCGAGCUCCAGCCACCUCUAACUUGGACCUGGAGAGCAAGAAAACGCCCCACUCCAAAUUGCCAUGGCAACAGCCCGUGAAUGUGUUCCUGGCUGCGGGCAGGUCGCCCUGCGUGGAGGAGCUGCACCAGGAGGCCCAGUUCAAUCUCCAGAGCUUGCUGCAAGAGGAGUAUGAGGAGCAGUACACAGAGGCCAGGGUCACUGGUCAGACCUUCAGGAACGCCAGCCACCUGCCCCUGGACGCACCCCCUGAGCCCUCUCCCAGGGCCCUGCCCGCCAAGCGCCUGGAGUUCGUGUUUAUGCCCGCGGCCCGGCGAGUGAAUGAGGAUGAGGCCACCACACUGGGUGUGAGGCCCCCAGAGCCAUUCCUGAGCCUGCCCACCACCCCAGACAAGCAGCCGGCCUGGACCCGAGCCUUCCCUCUGCCCACCGUGGAGGAGAAGAGGUGGCACCAAUCCUGCUCCACCCAAGCCAACAUUGUCCCCAUCAAUGUCUCUGGACAGCUCUUUGAUAGGCACGCGAGUGCGCGGCACUCCUUGUUUAACACUGAGACCGCGGUGAACCCCAAAUCCACGCUGCGGCGGAGACGGACCAUUAUCGGAUUCCCUAACCUCGCGCUGCGAGACCAAGGCAGCAGCAACGGCCCCACGUUCACGCCCCACGCGCCCACUGGGGAGUCAGUGUCCUGCAGCUUUGUCCCCGAGGCUGCAAGUGGGAAGAGCGCGCCCCGGCAUCCCUGCACCCCGCAGCCGCCGGCAGUGCCACUGAGAAAGACGUUCAGUGACCUUGGGGGAGGCCUGCAGGCGCGCUGCUACCAGCCUCCUGCCAGGAUGGAGGGCACAGCUGUGGCCUGCACCAGCCCUGCCUGCAAUGGGCCAAAGGACGCCACCUUCUCCCCUCCCUGGAACACAGCUUCCUUCAACUGCCUGAGCCCGGCCGAGGAGGACGCAGCGUAUCCCUCGCCCGGCGGCUCCCCGGGGUCUCCAGGCCUGGGCUCGCCCGAGCGCUGCGAUGGCGCGGCCUCCUUCUUCAUCGCGAAAGACGAGCAGCCAGGAAGCAAUGGGCCCUGUGUGUUCCCCUGCACUGCUCCAGAGUCCCCACUGAACGCUGCCAGCAGCGAGACACCUGAGGGGAGAGAGGCCAAGGUGACCUUCCUGGACAGUGGCGCAGAGGGGGCUGCGCCCUCCCGGCUGGAGCUGGGGGGCAGGGCCUGCCCGUUCCGCGAGAGGUCGCUGUCUGUGCCCACAGACUCGGGCUCGCUCUGUUCUGUGGACAUCACCUACCCUGAGAACAGGAGAGGCAGCGGGACCUACGCCCUGAGCUACCCCAGUGCCAGCUCCGAGGGCAGCACCAGCACGGACAACAUCUCCCUGGGGGUGGAGCAGGAUGCCCAGCGGAGGCGCCGCUCCAAGAGCAUCUCUCUCAAGAAGGCGAAGAAGAAGCCGUCUCCCCCCAUGCGCAGCGUCUCACUGAUUAAAGACGGGCAGGGGCUCAGCACAGAGCCUGGCACAGCGCUGCCGAAGGAGCUGCGGCCCAAGAGCCUUUGUCUCCCCUUGGAUCCUCAGGGCUGUGCUGUGGUGCCCAUGGACACCCAGGGUAACACAGCAGUGCCUCCUGCCAGGGACCUGGACGGCGGACGUUUUUCCCAGGACUGGUGCCUUGCGGACUGGAAAGCCAGCGAUCCCUACCGGUCCCUGUCCGGUUCCAGUACUGCCACAGGUACCACUGUGAUCGAAUGCACAAAGGCCCAGGGCAGCUCUGAGUCCCUCCCAUCCCCCUCCAUUUCCAGGGCCACCACGCCCUCCCAGCUCUCCGCGGAAGUGGAGCUAAAGAGCUCCUCCCCAGGGCGGCCCGUGAGGCUGAUGUCCCCCUCCAGUGGCUACUCCAGCCAGUCGGAGACCCCAACGCCCACCAUCCCCACCUCGGCAAUUCUCGGGCAUUCCCCCCACCAGACUGUCAAGGUGAGGCCACUGGUGCCCGAAAGGAAGUCCUCCCUGCCCCCCCCAUCACCGAUGGAAAAAAGCCCCAAAUCCCGGCUCUCCUUCGACCUGCCCAUCACACCUCUGACACACCUGGACCUUUCUGGGCUGAAGAUCUCACUCAAGGGGAAGACCAAGGUGAGCAGGCAUCAUUCGGACUCCACCUUCGGGACCAAGCUCGGCCCGAAGACGAGCCCGAUCCAGCCCAUCAUGCCCGUGGUCACCCAGUCGGACCUGAGGUCCGUUCGCCUGCGCUCCGUCAGCAGGUCCGAGCCCGAGGAUGACCUGGACAGCCCAGACCGCGCCGAGGAGCAUGAGGGUGAUGCCAUACCACUUCCAGGAAGGAAAGCAAAACCGCCCGUGGCAGAGAAGCCACCGCUGGCCAAAUGGCCCCCAAACAUCAUGGCCAAGCCCCCACCUCUGCAGGAGGAGUCUACCCUGGCAUCUCCCACCUCCCCGCCCACGCUGCAGGGCACCUCUGCCCAGGAAAGGGGGCUGCAGGACAUCUACAUGGUCAUUCGGAAACCCAAGCCUAAGAGGAGCCCAGAGGCCAGGAGCCCUGGAGAGCUCCCCUCUCCGCUGGCGCCCUCCCAGGGCUGCCCAGGGAUCUUUUUCUCAGGACUGCGGCGACUGUCCCAGAGCAGCCUGGAGGAGGAGCCCAGGGCCCAGCCAGACAGGAGUGGCGCCCCCCGUGGACCCGAGGGGGAGAAGAGGAAAGCCAAAGUCCCGCCCCCCGUCCCCAAGAAGCCUAGCGUGCUGUACCUGCCGCUCACCCCUCCUCCACCCCACCUGGGAGCCUGCCUGGGGGAUCCCAGGCUAACGCCCAGCCCCAUCAUCACCUUGCAUGAGGACACCAGCUGCUGUGACCCAGACGCGGACUACCUGCCAUCAACCGAGGCCAUGGGGAAGAACUCGAGCCCCCCAGCUGCUGCCAUGCCUGGGCAGAGUCCUGCAGGGGAUUCCGUGGAGCUCAGCGCUGAUGAGAGGAGUUUUGUAAGUGACAAAACAGCCGAGUCGAUCGUGGAAGAGGAUGAUGAUGUAUUUGUGACAACCCGUACGACAGAGGAUCUAUUUACCGUCAUCCACAGGUCAAAGAGGAAGCUGCUGGGCUGGAAGGAGCCAGGAGAUGCCUUCAGCAGCAGGCAGAAUUCUCACUCCCCAGUGAAGAACCCAGCCGGGCACCCGGCCUGCGAGUCCCCCCCAGCAACAGGAGGCCCUGGCAGAGCCUCCAGUCGGAAUGAAGACUUCAAGGCCCUGCUACAGAAGAAAGGCAGCAAGGCCAGUCCCGGUACUCGCACCUCCGCGGCAGAGCUUCUUAAGAGCACAAAUCCACUGGCUCGGCGGGUCAUGAUGGAGUUUGCCCCUGAGUUAGACAACCCAAGCGGUGCCAGAACCCAGCCCUGACCACCCCGACUUCAUCCUGGCCAGGGAGGGGUGGAGACAGCAUUGCUGGGAGUUUUAUGCUGGCUCUUCAAAGCCCAGCUCCAGCCGCAGGGGCUGCACUCUACCAGGCUGGUGCUGUGAGGACAUCCUGUCCUGCUGGGAUUUGUGUAAUUUUUUCCUUUCUUUAUUGGCAAUUUGCAAAUCUUUUUUGUGUCUCCCUGGGGACUCCAGCAGAUGGAAGGUAAAUGUCUUAACUACAGAGCCCGCACCCCUGUGCAGUCGGCUCGUGGCCUCGUUUCCAGUGGAGAUACAGUGGAAGGAGACGCCUGUGGAAUGGAGAAGGCAGACAUCGGUCAUCAUGAGCAGGGCCAUCCUCAGAUGACAGUGGGCUUCCUAUUCCUUCCUGUAUCAGCCCAGCAGCUUCCCAGGGUCUGAUGACAAGUGGGGACUUGUCCUCCUGCUCUUUGGGGCUCUGCAAGUGGUCUCCAGUUCAGCCCCAGUUGUAACCCAGUGCCCACGACGAAGCUAGCUUGAAACUGUUCAUUCGCUUCAGCGUGUGGUACUUUAAAUAGCUUUGAUCCUGCGAAAUGUUGAUGAUGUUUUUUCUCUUUCAUUUGACCUUGUAAUUUUCCUUCCCCGGACAAAGACCCCAGUGCUGAGUUGAGCUGAACAGAUGGCAGCAGAGACAGAAGGGCCAGUUAGAAUGUAGGUUGCUUUGGAAGAACUGAGAUGCUCCAGACGCACUGUUCAACCAAAGUGACCCUCAGUCACUCCCUGGCCAGGUUCUAACGCUCUUCUGAGAGCUUCCACCGGUGCUGUCCACACGAUGCCAGCUGCCAGCCCCUGGCGAUGCUGCAGGGAGAGAAAUGGACCUGUUGUCAGCCAAAAGGAAGGAACAUCCAGCACUGACGCUCAGAGAGGGAGCAAGCCAAGGCCAGGCCCAGCCCUGCCGUGAGUGCUGUAUGCUCAGCCCAGGGGGAAUCUGUCUGGGCACAAGGGGCCACAUGCUCUUAGCAGGACCAAGACCUGAAAUGGCAAGUGCCUGGGGCAAACUGAUCCAUGGUGUAGCCUGGCUGUCCUUGGGAUUCUGCUCAGGAUGACUUUGGCCCAGCCAACCUACGAAAGGAGGUGCCUUUCUGCAAAGGAAACGGGAAGGCUGAAGCAACUUGCUGAAAAUCGAAAGGACCAACUUAGCUAGAGGCACUUGGCAAGUCAUUGGCAAAGCGGCUUGUGUCUCCUCCGCUGGCUCUGUGUCUGACAUAGGAUUGAAGGGCAUUGUAGGAGGCCAUGGACUCAGCCUCACCAGGAAUCUUCACAGCCUGGUUCCUCCUGCCCCUGCUGGAGACAGUCUAGAGAGUCUAGGGUCCUACUGAGCACGGAAGGGACCCACGGCAUGGCCUUCCCUGCCCAGACACCAAGCAUCCCUGGGACCAGCCCCAGGGGUUCUGCCCAAACCAUAUUGUAGCUGGCCUUGAAGAACAACACCACUCCUCUCCUGUGAGUCAGAUACGAGCCGUGUCUCAGGAGGUGCUAGGCAUGGGUUAUUUUCCUUCAUAAGACAAACUCUCUUACCUAUCAAUCUGAUCUGAUUGAUCAGCUAUCUCCCACUGGUCUGCUCUCCUUCCCUCUAGGAUAUCUGAGGAGUCUGUCACCUUGCUCACUAAACGCACUUUACCUAUGCUCUGGUGUGUCCUUCGGACGCAGGCAGGCUGCUGUUCGGUGGAGUUACACCUGGGCUGAGCCAGGCGCCGCAUCCCUGCGACACAUGAGCAUUGUGUGUGCACACAGCUGGGCCAUCCUGCGCCAUGCACACUUGUCACACACACACAGUGGGUGUCUGCUAAUGUUACAAGGAUGCACAAAUCCCGGGCGAGUCAUGUACAGGCUGCCUGACAGCCGCCCAACCCCCCUUGAAUGCGGUGACAAUCACUGAAGAGCCGAGGCCCCGGCCUGCUUCCAUUCCCACACAGGCAGGCAGUGCCCUACACCCAUUGGCACUUGCACUGCAAGCCCCCAGGCUGGCUGGCCUGCUCCCUGCUGGACAGCUUUGGGUUGUCUGAGAGGUGCCUUAGCCAUAGCUGGAUUUCAGACCCCUCCAAGGUGAGGGGUGUUGGGUUGGGGGUUUGCUCUGGCCCCAUUCCUGGCUUUCAGACAACAAAUUCCCCUCUCCCUGAGCUUCCUCCUGCUGUGCAGACCUGGGUCGGAUACAAAUGCUUCCAAAUCGCAACUGGCUUUCACAAGAUUGAUUGCUGUGAAUGCUUCUGUCAGGGUCCCCCCCCCACAGGCAUUGCGCUGUGAGCUCCCUCCCCGCGGUACUCUAGCGGAAGGGAAUCAGCAGUGGGUUUGGGGGAAUGGCUCGCUUUAAAGCAAAGCUACUGAAAUGAGCACCAAGCGCAGUCUUUGCAUUGCUGAGUCAGGGCCUGAUUCUGCGAGCGCCCUGCGCUCCUGAUGACUCAGCCCCUUGCAGAGUCCCACAGGCCUGUAUUGAUGUUUUAUCAAACAAGAUGCUUUCCCCAGUCUGCAUUCCCUUCACUCCCUGUCAGUCCCAAGAGCUGCUGCCGCAGGAACACGCUGAUCAAAGACACCCAGCCUGUUCACUUAAUAUUUUUAACAUAAUAGUAAAAGUGGGGGGAAACAACCUGCCAGUGCCACGAUCAAAGGUGCAGCUGUCUGCUUCCCAUCAGCCCCCCGCCAGGCUCUGGCAUGCUCCUUGUCUGAAGCACACAGCAGGAGGUGGGGGUGACGGCAGCAUGGAAGGAGCCAGCAGCACAUUCAUCUGAGGGCAGCCCCCAGUCUUCAGCAUGCCCCUGGAACUAGCUGGUGGGUCUGAUUCCCUACGCAGCAGCUGGGGGGAUCCAGGCCCUGGGGAGACGCCCGGAAGGAGUGGGCAGCAAUGGAUGAUCAUGUCCCUGUUCUGGUUAUAUAGCACUCACUAUGCAUGAUGCUUUGCAGAGAGGCAGAGACAGUGGACACGUGUGUGAGGCUACGGGAAUGCAGAGAGAACUCCCUGCUGACAGGCCAGGAUGAUGCCACACCACCGAGAAAGAGCUUCUGGUAGCCAGGGGUCAUCGCAAGCAGUGAAUUAUUCUGGCUUCAUCUAGUGGCAAAAGGAAGGAAAAGCAGACAUCAUUGGCAAUCCAUGAGUAGUUAGGAAAGGCCCAGAGACUGAGCCCUCUAGAGACCAGAGCUGGGUCUGCCCCUGAACUACACAUCACAGCUAAUCCAAGUAAUAACUAAAAACAAGCCAGGUGAAAGUAGUGGGAGCCAGGACUCUGCUGAGGUCCACGCGCUAUGCUGUGACUGCGCGCAGGACCGGACUUGUGAGGAAUGAGAAAUCAGUGGGGCAACGCAAUCAGAGCUGACCUGCUGUGGUAGGGUUAUUUAUUCUGGUGCAGCACAACUCUGCAUGGUAAUUUUGAGGAUGCUGUUUGUGUAAGCAGAGCUGUCACACGGGGGGCGGUUGUUGGUAGACAUUUGGCAAUGGCCAGGCACUCGGGAAAUGCUUCACGGAUACAAUGUCCCAGGGAUUGUAGCACCAAGGUUUAUUCACCCUGCAAAUGGUGUGAUUCCUGAGUCGCCUGCCUAAAUAGUUUCAGUCAUCCAAUCAGAGAGCAAAAACACUGCCAUGUGACUUCGGUGGUGUGUCUCACAAACGAGGUCAAGCCACAUCAGGUAGCCUGGGAGUGGUCUCCGGUUUGGGCAUUGUCACAAGCAACAAACCAGCCCCGAGAAUAGGGCUCAGGGCUCACAAACCAGAGAGCCAGUUCCAGGGAUCCCCACGCUCGGCCAGCUCAGCCCAGCAGCAGCAUUUCAGGGGCGCUUGUGCAAACCCAUUGUUGGUUCCAUUCCCACAAGGAUUGCCAUGCGCUCACCUUGUGCUGUCCCUGCACCGCGGCCCUGGAGGGGACGGAAUCACAGCAGUAACCUUCAUGUCUAUGUUGUGUGCAAUGUCCGUGCCUGGCACCUUCCCACUAGCAGCCCCAGCAACAUGGGGGAGACCAUCUGAUUGUCCUAACAGGCGCAUUACAGUUGUGCUAAUGGGACGGGAAGUACUUCGGGCUUUGACCAUAUCCGGGCUUUUCUUUGGAAUCUCUCCUUCCAUUGUUAAGAAUUAAACCCCCCAAACCUAGCCACGUUAGCCAAUUGUACUGUAAACCCUCAAAUCUACUGCCAGGAGCUCCCCACAGCCUGGCCGCAGGCACGUCAGAAGGUGUUAGUGACCAAGUUAGUGUCUACGCGCAGCCGCAGUGUCAAGUAGGGGCCAGGCACCAAAGCCUGGCCUAGGGUUCAGAUGGCAGUGUACUCAAAAUAGCUGGCCCCUCCUGCCAGGCCCGAUGCCAUGGCUACACUGCUAUUUUUAGCGUGCCUGCUCAAUUCCAGCUAGCGCAGGUCUGGCUGCCUGAGCUAGAAAUUCCCUCUCCAGCUCCAGUGUAGAUAUACCCACAGAGACACCAUCCACGAUCCACACACAGAACAGUGUGGGCCAACAGCGGGUGGGGCAAGGCGGGCAGAUAUUCACACUACAAACAGCCCCAUUCAGAGUCCAGCAUUCACCAAGGGGAAAAACUAGAGAGUGGCCCAAAAGCAAAGUCCUGAUCCCCCAGGCCCAGAGCCCUGGGGCUUGCCCUGGCCUCUCAGGCCCUGCUCUAGACAAAAUAUAGACAGUGUUUGAAAGCGAGUCUCACAACCACAGCAUGAACAACUGGCUUGACCAGGGGGCUCCCAACCCCUGCCAGCCAGUCUGGUAGCAGCAGGUCUUGCCUUGCUCAUUUACCCAUCCCAGUUUGCAGGGUCUCCACUGAAAUCCAGGGGUUCUCUAUCUAAACGUUUUCUUGCUUGACUUCAUGGCCAGACCUCAUUUGGCUCAGAGCUUGCAUCACACACGGUCCCUGGAAGACAGGACAUUUUGGUCGGAAGGCCCCCGGGUGUGAGGCACCAAUAAGAACUUUGCAUGUCCCAUACACGCCUACCAGAUCCCUAAUGAUCAAACCGUGGCUUGAGGGAUACAGGGCAAUUAGUAGUUGCUGGCUGAUGACUAAUGGGUGGACAAGAACUUGACAUUUAAUGGAGGAUUUUUGAGAAAAAAAAAAACCCUGGACUUUUCUUCCUUCUGUAUUUGUCUAAAUACCAAUGUGCUGGUGUGUGUGACCCUUUGCACAUGGCGAACGGAACUCAUCGCAGCAAGUGAGCACACCCCCAGCAGCUCCCCCCCCCCACCCCCCAUCCAGGACUGGCUGAGACAAAACAGGCAUGGGAUAUCCUGGAGUGAUGCCCUGCCAUGAGUGGCCUUCCCUUUGGAAUCUGGUACAAGGAGGACCCUGCAGCAGACCAUGGUGAACGACAGUGACUCAAGGUCCUGAUCCUGUCACGCUGAUUCCAGCAGGAGCACUGGCGCUUAGCACCGGAGCUGGCUGAAUAAUGCAAAGAGCUGCGAUAUUUUCACAGGUGGAAGCGCUGGGGUUUGUGGGGCCGUUAUUGCCCGCUGGUGAAGAUUUGGAUGCCAGUGGGGUAUGCGGGAAGACACUCACCAGUCCUGGUGGCACCAUGCAUUUUGGCACAGGUGGGGGUUUGUCUGGAUAGUAACACAGGUGAAGGUCACGUUAGGUGGUGGGUGUUGUUCUUCUGUUUUAAAAGUUUCAGGUAUCCAGUCAGAGUUGAAAUGAUACCGUGUGACUUCAAUGAUCAGUCACACCCCAUGAAUGACAGCAAGUGGCUAGUCACAGUAAAAGAGCUCACAACCCAGUUGGAAAUCUUUGGUCCGAACUAAUCAGCAAAUCUUUGUGAAGGCCAGAAACCCAGGAACUGCUUCUGAACCAGAAAAAGGGCUAAAUUCACAAUGAAUCAUUCGACCUGCUUCCCUCGGCACCCCCAGGAUCUGUUCAGAAUUGUGCCCUUUCCAUGAGUUCUCAGGCUAUUCACCUAUCAGACAGGCCAGGGGAUAGCAGAUGUUUCCAUCUGCACAGCAUGCAUCACGGGGAGGGCCCUGUGAAGUGGACGCUCCACGGACACUCUGCAGCGAGCGUGGGCGUUAGCUUUAUGGCAGCCCUCAGACCCUGAACACCUGUGGGUUGUAACAUGAAGCUAAAAGCCCACUCUGCUGGGAGAUUUAAUGCCGAAGAGUUUCCUGGCUUACCGGUCACCGUUUGCUACCUCUCCUUGCUGUACUUGACCAUGCAAGGUGCUGCUGGUGUCACCGGCACAGCAGCUGCCCUGGACUGAGCUCUCAUGAUGUGGUGUGUCUCAGGAAAAGCAACCAAGCUGGUGUCACAGGCUCCUGUGUUGAAUGAACUGUCCCUCCCUGACACGGGGUGUGGUAUGUGAUUGACACAAUGGGCCUGUUUCUGUUCUCUCUUUAAUGGAUUGCACCCAGCUGACUGUGCUGGUCUGGGCGGGAUCACCCAGGUGUCCGUGUGAGGAGAAUCAGGCCCUUGUGGCUGUGUCAGGAAAACAGGCUCCAAACCCAGUGCAGGGGAGCUGGGGUUGUGCCCAUUCAGCAGGGAGGAAGUGGGGGAGUCAGGCUGUGAAAAUGGCAGGGCCAUGUGUCCUUAGUGCCAGGUGGGUUCCUGCAGCGUGGGAAGAUGCCACGUGACCCAGGGGAGGGGCUAUGAUCAGGCUCAGGUUUCACUGCCACUCUCAGGUGAAUAGGCUGCUGAAUCCAGCACUGGCAAGAGCUCUGAGCUCCAAUCCCCAGCAACAGCCCCACGGCAGCUGACAAGUUCCAGGCCCCUGCGAACUGAGGGGUCCACACAGCAUGGUGAUGGUGUCCACUCUAGCAGUGCUCCUGGCAUGGCCUACACCUGCAGAUGGUUCUGAGCCCCAGGGGUGCAGGCGAGGAUUGGUGCCUGACCCAUCAUUCUGGGGAAGGGAAUAACCCACGUGAGUGGCUGUAUCAGAACCUGAACUGGAUUCUGGCUGUUCAGGGGAUGGGGAGGAGUAGGGGGGAUGCCCGUUCCAGAUGAGACCAGACAAAACCUGGGUGUCUUGCAUUUGGUGUUGGACAGUUUCCUCCCAACUCUGAUUUGACUGAAGCAGCACCAGAGAGUCAUCUUUGCGGAACCAGUCUGUAGAGCAAAAUUAUACUCUUAGACCCAGUCCUAGAACCUCCACUGCUUUCCUAGGAACAUAGCACACCCAGAGCGGAGAGCCGGCUCUUCUCCCUCACCAGGGAAGUCCUGCUGGAGAAGCACCAGGCUCUUUUGUGUUUACUCCUUGCUCUGCCUUUAUCCCAGCAGAAGCAUUACUGGCCCAUUUUUACCAAGAUGACUUUGUACUUUGCUCUACAGGAGGCUCAGCUCUUCACGCUGCCAGUUCUGGUCUCUUUAAUUACAGGUUACUCCUUCCGUUGUCAUGGAUUUGCAGAAUUUCAGCCUGUAGUUAACAUCCAGGCUGAGAAACUCAGGAAAAAUAGAUCAUAAAAAUUUCUAAGCUUCACUGUUGUUUCUUCUGCCUCUGCCACCAAUAGUCUUCAGCCUGCUGUCUCCACAGGAAAGACUUCAGAUGCCGCUGAGGCUGAAGAUUCUCCCGGCUGCACGGUAGUAUCUGUCUCCCAUCACAGACCCCCUCUCUCUGGAAUUCACAUCCCACAUGUUCCUGGAGAUGGAUUCAGUGGCCCAGAAGGACCUUCCCAUCUCUGUCCCCUAUGUAUCUGAGACAUGGAAUGUGACUCACAAAGUUGCUUACGUCACAUGAAGUGAGGCGAGCCAAUCACUGUGCUCUGUUGAAUAAGCGCACCUUCUUCUGGGUUAUAAAGUGCCAUGUGUGAUCACAGCCAUGUUGAGAAGACAAGCGAAGAGUCACUACAUACACAUCAGUCAGCUGGAUCUGUCACCAUGCUGUGGGCUCCUGCUGUUCACAGGGUUGCUGACUCCACUGCCAAGGAGCUGGUUUAUUUACCUGGUCUCAUUUGUGUUGACUGGGUCCAAGCAGCAUGGGUCGAGGCUUGAAAUGUGGCCCAGCCAUUGGUCUAUGCCUAAUAUCUCUACCUUGUAAGGAAGGCAAAAGACACAGCACUGGAUCUUCCAGUUGGAUUUGCCAGAUGGCUCCUCCAGGGCAGAGUUUAGAACCUCUGCUCUUCAUCUCAAUCUCAUGCACUGAACUGUGGCAUUUUGCAGGAUUUUGGCAGCAGAUCAGCAUCCUGCUGAGGCCCAUGUCUGCCCCCAAUUAAGGCCCCGAUUUUAUUUUGGUUUUGCCCAAACAGGAUCUCCAAAGUGGUGUCUGGCGUAGGAAGAACAGGUGAGAUGGGAACCCCAGAUUUCUCUUGGAACUGCUACCCACCUGGGAAUGUGCCAUAACCCUUCUGCUGCCAGCGUCCCCUCCCUUGGCCAGCGGAACAAAUGAAGAACAAUUCCUUUGCCCUAUUAACAUGCUGUUGACCAAUUAGAAUGUAGUCUGAGGUCAUCUGAUACUCCUGCUCGGUUCCAGUAGCUGGAUUUGUGGCUGCGAAAACCAGCAUGACCUGGGUUCCAGUCCUUGAACAACUCAAACAGGUUGUGCAAAGUUGUUAUACAAUGAGCGUAAUAAGAUGCCUCAGCAUUUCCAUAGACAUUUAUUCCUCAAUUGGCUUUAGGCCAGGCAAAAACGUAAGCCUUAGUAGAAGCAACAUGUCCUUAGGGAAGUGUUGCAUAUUGCAGGGUAAAAUCUGAAUGCUCAGUAUACAAAUAACAUGUUUAGUUGCAUAAAGUUAAAGAGAAGCUACUGCUGGAAUUUAUGGCCAAGAAAAAAUGCCAAUAACCCUGUACAGUAUUGUACACGAUUGCUCAGGGAAAAGAUGCUACACCCAGCAGUUAGCAAUGGCUUUGUAUGAUGUGACUGAGGUGUGAUUUUUAGCACUUGGAUUGUAAAUGUCCUGCUAGGAAGGGACUUUGCAAAGCGCUUCUAAUGAAAAUAGCUGCUUCAGGAAAAGAAUCUUCCCUUGAUUUUCUUCACCAUCAAAAACUCACUUUUUUAAAACAAAACAAAACAAAAAAGUUUGAAUCUCCGCAUCCCGGCCUUAAAAACCCGUGGGUGAAAUCCUGGCUCUAGUGAAGUCACUGGGAGGUCUGCCCUAGACUUCAGUGGGGCCAGGGCGUCCCCCCCCCCCCCCCACAAUGCUUUAACAGAGAACGCGGCUCUUGUUUUGCCAAGUUCAACGUCUGCACCUAGUUCUGGUUAAACUUGGAUUUAUGCUGGAAAUGGCCUACCUUGAUUAUCAUACACAUUGUAAGGAGAGUGGUCAGUUUGGAUGAACUAUUACCAGCAGGAGAGUGAGUUUGUGUGUGUAUGGGGGUGGGGGGUGAGAAAACCUGGAUUUGUGCUGGAAAUGGCCCACCUUGAUUAUCAUACACAUUGUAAAGAGAGGUUUCAGAGGAACAGCCGUGUUAGUCUGUAUUCGCAAAAAGAAAAGGAGUACUUGUGGCACCUUAGAGACUAACCAAUUUAUUUGAGCAUAAGCUUUCGUGAGCUACAAGUACUCCUUUUCUUAUUGUAAAGAGAGUGGUCACUUUGGAUGGGCUAUUACCAGCAGGAGAGUGAGUUUGGGGGGGGGGGGUACGGGGGGGCGGAGGGUGAGAAAACCUGGAUUUGUGCUGGAAAUGGCCCAACUUGAUUAUCAUACACAUUGUAAGGAGAGUGAUCACUUUAGAUAAGCUAUUACCAGCAGGAGAGUGGGGUGGGAGGAGGUAUUGUUUCAUGGUCUCUGUGUAUAUAAUGUCUUCUGCAGUUUCCACAGUAUGCAUCCGAUGAAGUGAGCUGUAGCUCACGAAAGCUUAUGAUCAAAUAAAUUGGUUAGUCUCUAAGGUGCCACAAGUCCUCCUUUUUAGGAAAGUGUCACUUUGCAGAUCUGGAGCGCUGCAGGGAAUUAAUUGGAUUGCUAGGGAUGGGUUUCCUCAUAUGUCCCCCAAUUGAACUUAGACAAAGUUAUCGGACUGGUUCUGUGCAGCAAAGAUGGAAGUAAGCCCUAUAGAUAUAUAGGGCUUGUUUGUCCUAAGUGGGCCAGCCAUGGGCAAGAUGAAAGAAUGUGAACUAUUUUUGUGUGUUAUGCAAACAGUUCCCCCUCCCCCGGCGUAAGUGGCCUCUUUUGCAAUGUCAGCCCAAUCCCUGCCCGUGGACAGCCCUCGGAGAUGGCGAAAGUCACAUUUUUAUAUUUCUGAAUGUUGUACUUUUUAACUAUUGCAAGCUUGGUAAACUCCAAUAACUGUCACAUCCA